UGUAAUGACGUUUCGGAAUAAAACACCAUCUCCCCAACAAUGCCACAGAGCUGCCCUUAAGAUAUUCCCAGUAAGCCUAUUUGACUGUAAAGUCGUGUUCUAGUGCCAGCAUUUUUACUUUCCUCCGGAUUGAGAAAAAGAGUGCUUUUAGUUUGCCAUUUGAUUUUUAUGUCUUGUUUUGACUGACUUUGAAUGGUCCCUUCCACUGCAGUAUGAAAUCAUUACACCGUAGUAAUCUUUUAUAAUCGGAAGUAAAAGACCUAUUAAUGUUUCUCCCACUUCUGAAUAUCUUUACAACAGUUUACACCACUAAGAUAAUGGCAACAAACCAAAUGCAUGCCACUAUGUUGUCUCCAUGGUGAUGAUCACUGCACCUGGCACAAACACAACAUUGUCUGAUGCUGUGAUUUUGUAACAGUAUGGACAUUGACCCACUAGAUUCCUGGUUAAAGUGAUAACAAGUUCUGAGAUCUGAAAUCAAUAUCCGCAGCUGGUGACUGUACGGCACUAAGUGGGAAACAGCAAUAUCUAUUUGAUCUUUAAUUAAAAGUAGGCCUACAGUGCUCUUAUCUGGAGUGUAGGCGACCUUCAGGCUAGAGUCAACUGCGUCAAAGACGAAGGGGUGGAGUUCCACAUAUUCAGCCCACUGAAUCAUCCACCUGUUGAGUUUCAUUAGCUGGAGCCAGGUUACUGUAGCAUUACCUACUUUACAACAGGUAGGUUACCUACUGAUAAGCUUAACAGCUGGUUAAAAUCGACAGUCUAGCUCUACAAUCAGAAGACUUGACUACUUAAGGAGCUCCAUUACCGGUCAACAAACUACCAUGUCCAAUUAUGAGAUUUUCCAAGAGAUUUCCACACCUCCUGAGAGCUGAGCGGAUGUGUCACACCUUUCGUUGACUGUUGGCACAUGCCCUUACAGGUUUGAUUUGGGAUUCAUGAAUUAGUCGACAUGUAAGCCACUUAAGAGGACAGGUAUUGCUGUUAUGUGGAGAAAACGGACUUUGGAACUGUCGAUGGCUUUGAGGCAGCUGGAUUUGUUGGGCUACCUGCUGGUCAUCCUCCUGUCGAGUAUAAACACUUCUGCUCACCUGAACAAGUUGGACUAUGACUCGCACAACCUCUUCAAACUAUCCGAGGGUCUCUAUGACUGCACCCUGGAGGAUACAUUCCCUCUUCUGCUGGAACGGCGACGCUCUGCUGUGGAUGUGCACAGCAUUGAAGCCAAAGUCUACCUCUGCUGUCCACAAGGCAGUGAGUGUGAGCCCUGUCUUCAAGUCCUGCUCAAUCUCACUGUCACAAAUGAGGAAGACUUGGAUGACGGUGAAGUAGAUGAUCCAGAGGAGGAGACCUCAGCAGAGGGUGAAGAGGCGGAACGUGCAACGUAUGCAGCAACCAGUCAAAAACCUGCCAUCUUGAAUUUGUGUUACACCAUCGCACAACGCGUUACUUGUUGUCACAUGGUGGAAUGUGCUGUACAUUUUAAGCGGGAGAGUCCUUAUCAAUCUGAGUGGUUUGGUGUGUUGUUGAAACCGGGGGGUUUGACACCUGGCAGCACAGUGUAUGUGACUGUUGACGCAACCAGUAAAGUCAAUAAAACCAUCACGAUACCCACAGAAGCCACAGUUUGCACAGGUUCCAGGCGCUCAGAAGUAAAAGGUUGUGUUGACCCACCCCAGCUGUCAACUGUAGUGGAUCUGGAGAGAAGGGAAGUAAGGAUCGGGGCUACUGAAGACAAAACACACGCGGUCAAUGUGUCCAUGUGUUUGAAGUCAGAAAGGGCAGGGAUCUGCAAGUCUUUUCCUGGAACCAUUCCACUGCACGCUGUCAGUCCCUGCCUGUGCAUUCAGGUUUGGUGGCAAGACAAGGAUGGGCGGUCUGAAACGUGUCUGUUCAACAACACCCGGAAUUGGAACAUCAUCCCAGCAAAAAAAACUGCUUUGGACUUCAUGAAAGAGCUGCGGCAGAAUGUUUUGGCUAACAUCUCCAGGUCUGUGGUGCUCAGCCAAACCCACAGUGGCCUGCUGGCACUGAGCUGGAACGUGAGCGUGCCCUGCCAGGUAAAGGUGGACGUGAGGCUUUGCCGCAUGGGUGCUGGUGGAGUCUGUGAGGAUGUGAAAGAUGAAAGGCACCUCAUCCAGGAAGGGAACGACGCUUGGAUAAGCAAUACGAAUGGUUCAUGGAGAAUAUCUGGGGCUUUCGUGAAUGUCAGCGCUCACCUGCCUCAUUGCAUAAAGAUGGAGGUGAUGGGAGAAGAGAUGUAUCCAUGGUGGUGUCAAAAAUACACCAGAAGAUGGCACUGGAGUAUUCCUAUCUUUGCGGUGGUGCUGCUGUUCAGCCUGGUCAUCUUUAGUAUUUAUUUAAAGAGGACAACUCUUGAGAAGUGGCUACAGAAGUCACAGAGAAGUCUUCUUCAAGGAGGAAGAGGCCAUGUGCUAUUGCUGCAUCCACCAUGUGAGGACCCCUCCACGUCAGAGCUGGUGUGCCUGCUGGGCUCGACUCUCAAGUCUUUGGGCUUCAGUGUGUCCCUGGACCUGUGGAGCCACACAGAGCUAGGCGCUGUGGGCCCUGUGCCCUGGCUGCACUCCCAGAUGGAGCUGCUGCAGACCAGGGGAGGCCGUGCCUUGGUGGUGCUGAGCCACACGGCUUUGAAGCGGGCAGAGGAGUGGAGCUGGCUGGGCUGGAGAGGUGUUCGAGGUGGAAGUUUUGUGGGUACAGACCUAGAUGGAGGUCAAGGUCCCCCAUCACCCUGCUCACCGCCCGCAGAUGUCUUCAGUGCUGGUCUGAGCUGCCUGCUGGAGGACCACCAAAGGGGUUGUGCGCUGAGACGCUUUUCCUUGGUGCAGUUUGACUCUCACAGCCCUUUCACCCCUGGAAAAACAGACGCUGGCCUUCCACUCCUGUUCCAAGGGCUGAGUAUGUACCGCCUGCCCACAGACAGCCGGGCAUUUUUGGAUGCUAUCAUGCAGCAUGGUGGAGUACUUGUAAGGUCCCGGAGGUGGCAGUCUAGGUGGCUGUCCAGGGCACUGAUGAGAAGGCUGCAGAGCACUAAUGACAUCACUGGAGAAUGUUUCUCCCAAAUAUUGGAGAACUCUGGAGAGACCGCACCUCUCCAGCCCCGCGCUUGAGGGUGGUGACCUGAAACAAUUCAUCACAAAACAAAUUCCUUCCCCAACACCAGGAGAUUUUGUAUAUUUUGGAACCAUUUGAAAAUUCUGUAUUUGUAUUUAACUGUUGAUAUGAAGGUUUAGUGAACCUGUGAAUAGGGAAUGACUUUUACUGAUCCUUUGUUUCCUUCGUAAAAGGAAAUUAGCAUGUUUCCAUUGAAAAAUGAACUUACUGAUGAAGUAUGUAAAGGCUUGGAAACAACGUUCACUGGUAUGACCAGCUAAACCAUCAAAGGUCAAGCGAAAACAUACCUUAAACUACUCAAACUAGCUGGUAAAUUAGCUUAACUAGGGCUGCGUUCAGCCCUGAUAAAACUGAGCAAAACCUCUAAUAAAAUGGAAACCGUGGUUUGUUGAACCCCUUAGGUACAUCCCAUAUCAUUAUUGGCCUGCUUCCUCUGUCCUUGUUCCUCUGUCAUCCAGCUUGUGCCCCGUAAAUCGUUCAGACAGAGGAAGCAUGCAAAUAAUCAUUCAAAGAGCCCUGUGCUCAGUCAAUUCUCCCUGAAUAAAUAAUGAUGAUGAUGAUGAUGAUGAUUCUAACAUCAUGUGACGUCAUGAAGGAUGUCUCAUUUCUCUAAUUGCUGCCAGAGGAGACGAGGAGGGAGGACAGAGGACUAAUGAGCGAGGACAGACGAGAGCCUGCUGUGCGGAAGUCUUAUUUCUGUGGUUACAAGGCGUGGCGUGGCGUGACCUUUUGGAGCCUAUAGGCAAAGAUUUAGGAAUGUGUGAGGUAAAGCCCACCUUGGGUUAUACCUUACGCAUUCUGAAAUCUUUGCCUAUAGAGUGUGGAAGGUGACCCGGAAGUUUGUAGUUUUUAAUGUUAGCAUUUGAACACUUCCUAAUUUCCAAAGAAGAAAAUCCCCAAACAAUGGCAGUAGAAAACCUGCGCAAACCAUUUGGUGAGUUAAAAUUGAAUUACCGGUAGGCCUUUUGUAACUAUUAUCUUGUAACAAUAUGCUAAAGGAGAAAAAAGACAGACUACAUGCAGCAUGUGGGACGCUAGAGUGGUAUCCAUGGUUACACACAACUCUUUGCUCACACUCUGCGUUUUUCUUACUAAACGUAUCGUUACAGCUCUAGCACCUAAAACAUUGAUUUAUACUAUGCAACAGAUUGUUGCUAUAACAUCCUUAGGCAAUCCAUGUGUUUUACUUACUACCCAUCUCUAGAAAGACAUCUGCAUGGGAUGAUCAGGCUCAUAGGUCCUCUGUCCUCCCCUUCAUCAUCUCUAUUGGCAGGAAUUGACUAAUCCUAAAUCCCAGCCCGCCUGUUACUAGGUCGCAUAAACUUGGUCCGACUAGCUUGACAAACAUGGUGACGCCGAUUUCGUUUAGCCAGGUGCAGCAGUAUGUUUUAAAUUAUAUCUCUGGAUGUCAGGCAAUAUAAUAUCAAGAAGCCGACAGCAAGGACCUUCACGAUGUUUACUUUCAUCAACAAGUCAAAAUGAUGCAAAUUGAGGCCAAGUCAUUCGGGUCUCAAGGAAAAAGGGAGAAGCCACACAUUAUUUGCAUAGAGACCAAGUAUGACAGGAUUAUCGCUCAACUCAACUAACCUCAACUCCCUUUCUGCACUUAGUUACAGCAGCCAGUAAUGUGACUUUACAUAGUAGUUACCUUUGAACAGAUGUAGGUGUCCUUGUUGGUGACAUUUAUGUUCUGCUGAUGGUGAGGUCUACUGCACAGCUUAAUCCACUGUUUAGAUUGGUCAAACUUUGUUUUUGGUUUUGGAAAUGGAAUAAACGCAACACGUUCCACCCAGUCAGGGUGGAAAAGAGUGUUGCUUUUACAGGUUCACCAUACACAUAAUUUAACCAUAUUCAAAUUUCCCUUUUUUAUGUUUAAUUCAGAGGAGUGAGCCUAGCACAUAGCAUAACAGGAAAGGGGAACGUUGACCCUGGUCCCUUGGAGACCAAGCUUGCUCAGGGGGCGGGGCCUAGGAAAGAUAAAUUAGAAAAAGGAGACAUCCCUCAUGACGUCACACUUCAAACGAUUUCCGGGGCCCAAGCUGGAGGAACGAGGACAGAGGGAGCAUGUAAAUAAACGAUAUGGGAUGUACCUAACAUCGCACACAGUUCAUAUAGAAACAUAUUGUUCAACGCGGAAACCGUUGCAAAACGGUGCACACCGUUUUCAGAUUGAACGAGCCCCAGCUUAAGAUGGUCAAGCUGUCUCUUCCAGCAGGGUUAUCUAUGUUUAGAAAUAAAAAAAAAAGCUGUUGGUGGAGUAUGCACUCAACAUAGAAGGCUAUGUCAUUUGCUGAAGCAGCACUCCAGGGGGGGUGGGGCGGAAGAGAUAAACCAAUCCGAACGCUUGUCAGAGGCGGACGUGAGACAGCGGACACUCGGCAGCCAAGUUGUUUCUUUGUUGUAGCACCAAACGGAAUCACGAGAUAAUCAUCGUGGACAGUAAAACCUAUGUCUACUGUGAGAUCCUAAUGGAUAGAGGUAAACAAAAAUGAUUUUAUAUAUUUAAGUUACUGUUUGAAGAAAUAAUGCUGAGGACCUUGUGCUGUUCCUAUUCGCAUGUGCAACUGACAGAAAAGUGCCACUUGGUGAAUAAGAUAAUAUUAAAAUGUAAUGUAUGUUUUGGGAGAUACAAAAACAAUUCCUUCCUGAAGUUGCCCGGUUUGGUGAAGGCUUUGUGUAAUAACGUCAUGCAUAAUGACAAAAUACCCUUCUGAAAAAAACCUAGUUUUGAGCUGGUUGACCAGCUACUUUGACCAGUUUGACGUAUAUAUUUUUUUAACUAUCUACCAGCAUAUGCUGGCUUUCAGCAGUUUUCUUCAGCAGGGUAUGCACCUGCAAACUAUAUUCCAUCCAACAUUUUCAUGAAGAAGGUAUAAUGUCAAAUAGUAGUGGGAAGGUGAACAAAGUGUAACUGAAUGUAUCGGUGAGAGUUUUAUACGAAUAAAUAAUGUGUGGUAAAACAAGUACACAGUCAA